AGUACGCCCCUGGCGUAGAUGCGCACCGUCCGAUCCAACUGUUUGACUCUCGCACACUAGUACACCCAGGUAAUGUACGCCACCUUCACUCUCCGUGGACAUUGGUCAUGCGUGACUAUCCAAUGCAUUGUUAUAGAUUGAUAGACAGAACACAAUCAAUUGAUGUAAAAACACUUAUCCACAUUAUCACGUGCAACGACAGUUUACAGAAAUAACUAUUAAAUUUGUACUGUAGUUUAUAACUAAUUGGAAUUAAUUUGCUAAUCGUGUGAACUUAUUAGUUUGCCCAUGCAAAGUGAAUUUGUUAUAACCUAAAACCUACUUAAGCCUAUACCUACAUGCAAAAGGUAACUUUUAUACAUAAAUAAUGAUAAAAUGCUUAAAACUAAACUAUUCUAGUACGGCUAUCGGAAUUAAGUACGGAAAGUUGCAGUGAGUACCAGAAAACAGGCCAUCUAGUAAGCAAACACAUGACCUUUAGUAGUUUGAUCACCGGCAAGUAUCACACAACGGGACUAAACGUAAGUGAAAAUGACCAAAAACCUUUUUUGUAAAACUAAUAUUAAACAUGCAAACAUAAGAAAUCCGACGAAUGUACAAUAACUAACAAAAAUAUCCUGUAAUGCCUCAAUUUCAGGAAUAAAAUAAUAUCCUAGUUAGAACGUAAAUCCUACGUCUCCGGUCGUUCUGAUAUUAUUGAUUCGGAAAUCAACCCGUGCCGUUAUAUGUUGGCAACUUCCAACAACUUAUUUUAUUCGUUUACUGACGAGUGAACACGGUCAAAUACGGUCAUGUCGAGUCGCGGUCGGUCAAAUAAAGGCAGUAAUGCCGGCGGUAGUGAUAGUGGUGCAAUUGGUGGUGUGAAAGUGGUGGUCACCGACGAAACAGUGGAACCAGAGGCGUCCUUUCCUGGUCGGUCGUGCAGAGUUUGCCGUACGGAUGAUUCGGAUGAAAUGGUGAGGUGUGACAGAUGUCUGAAGUGGUUCCACUUCUCCUGCGUGGGAGUUACCCAAGCCAUCGAGAACGAUCCCUGGAGUUGCAAGGAUUGCGCCAAUGCGGAGCAGGUUCCGGAGUGGCUGGUGAACCCGUGUGAUGGUGGCGCCAAAAAGAAGCAUGCUGCAGAAUUCGAUAGCGACAAGCUGAACCUUCCACCUCUUCAAGAGCAAGAUGACCCGUUAACUCCCAAAACGUCGAAAGCUAGCAAGGUUGGAGGACAGGCGGAAAGUAAGAGGAACGAGAAGAAGGCGGCGCCGAAAGGAAGAUCCCAUACAUCCGAGCAACCACAUGCGGACCAGAAGCAGCUGAGAGGAACCAACUUACUGCAAUCAAAGGAGAUCGACAAGCAUCCGACGAAGAAGAACAACAAGUCGUGGGCACGAGUUAGCAACCAGACGCUGCCAAAGGAAACUGGCGAAAAACCAUCGACCAGCUUCGAAAAGGCAAAGUCUGUGAUAUCUCACGCAUCCAGUCGAGCAUCUAGCAGAUCCUCGCAAUCUCUUGCCAAGCUGAAGCUGCAGAAGCUCGAAGAGGAGAGGAUUCUGAACGCGAAGAAGCUGGAGCAAGAACAAGCGUACCUGGAGGAGAAGUAUAGGCUGCUGGAGGAGAUGGUUAGUGAGAGAGGAUCUGAUGUUAACAGCGUGUCGGAUGCUGUAAGCGAAUGGCGUCCCCGAGCGCAAUCGAGUCACCGCUCGCAGCUGGGAGAUCAGCGGUCAGCCCAACACGAACCUUUUGAUCUUGGCGCCGGCUCCCCGGGCAACCUCAGAUGUAGGUCAUUCGUUGAAGAACAACGCAGCGUGCACCGAGAAGUCCCACACUUCGUCAACCGUGUUACAGAACGUGAAGAAGAUUGCUGUUCGUUAACCAAGAAGCAGUUGGCGGCCCGGCAGGCUGUUUCCAAGGAUCUGCCCCAGUUUUCCGGCAACCCCGAGGAUUGGCCUUUAUUCAUAACGACGUUCAACAACACCACGACAAUGUGCGGCUUCACGAACGAAGAGAACAUCUUUCGACUGCAGAAAAGCCUUAAAGGACGAGCCUUCGAAGCAGUGAAGAGCCGUCUAGUACACCCUUCAAACGUUCCCGGUGUGCUGAAGACCCUGAAAAUGAUGUUCGGUCAGCCGGAAGCCAUCGUGCAUACGCUCAUUGAGAAAAUUAACUCCCUGCCGCCAAUAAGAGAAGACAAGUUAGAAACUUUAGUGGACUUUGCCGUCAAUGUGGAGAACUUUUGCGCGACGGUCGACGCCUGCGGCCUGGACGAAUACUUGUACAAUACAACCCUCCUACAUCAGCUUGUGAGCAAGUUACCUCCAACAAUCAAGCUGAACUGGGCGCAGUACAGGAUAUCCUUGCCGGGAGUCAAUUUAGCUGCGUUCAGUACCUGGAUGUAUGCCCUCGCUGAAGCGGCAAGCGCUGUCACCAUUCCGAACAUCACGAAUACAAGACAACUUCGGAACGAAAGUCGUAGUGCGCAGAAAGGAAAUGCUUUCGUGAACGCGCAUUCUGAAAGUUCUUCGGCAACACCUCGUUCAUCGUACCCCUCAGAUGGAAAACAACACAGUGUAGGGAGUGAAUGCAUCGUUUGCAAGGGAACUUGCAAGACGGUUGACAAGUGCAAGCGCUUCCUCGAAUUUUCUCGAGAUUCACGUUGGAGUGUAGUACGAGAGUUUGCACUUUGCCGUCGUUGUCUUUGCCGCCACAAUGGAUUGUGCCAAGCCAAGUCCUGUGGUAAGAAUGGAUGCCAGUUCAAGCACCAUGCGUUGCUUCACAAUGAUCAGAAGCAGCAAUCAUCAGCUACUCCGGUAGCGCCAUCCUCUUCAACAGCAGUGUCUUCAGCGGCGGAAAAUCACGAAUCCCCAAAGGCCGGCUCCAGCUCAACAGCGCACGGUUGCCACACGCACCAGGCUAAAUCAAGCGACGUACUGUUUCGCUACCUUCCGGUAGUGUUGCACGGUAAACACCGAUCGAUCCGUACAUACGCCUUCCUUGACGAUGGCUCCGAUCUUACGUUACUCGAUGAAGAGCUAGCCGAUGAACUAGAACUGGAUGGGGAAGUACGAUCGCUUUGUCUGCACUGGACCGGUGGCACUCAACGGCAAGAAGUGAAGUCCAAGAUCGUUGAACUGGAGAUAGCCGGUGUUCACAGUGGAGCUAGAAAUUUCGCUAUCUGCGGUGCACGCACAGUGAACGAGCUUCUUCUGCCGUACCAGACCCUGAACAUCGAUGAACUGUCAACGCUAUAUCCACACCUGCAAAGACUUCCAAUCGAUUCGUACCGAAAUGUCCGACCGCGGAUUCUGAUUGGACUCAAGAACCAACAUCUCAGUCUCGCUCUGAAGUGCCGCGAAGGGAAGCCGAAGGACCCUGUCGCCAUUAAAACCCGUUUAGGCUGGACAGUGUGUGGCGGAGAAACAUCAGAGUCUGCAACCAGCCCAGUGCACUCUGUCUACCACAUUGGAUCCUGCGAGGACCACAACAAGGCAGAUGAGGAUCUACACCAGGUUAUCAAAGACUACUUCGCGCUAGAUAGCUUGGGGAUCAUGAAACCGAACAGAGCGCUUCUUUCCGUCGAUGAUCAGCGCGCGCAGUCUCUUCUCCAGUCGUUGACGAAAUUCACGGGGGAGCGCUACGAAACCGGUCUGCUUUGGCGUCACGAAACCACUCGUUUACCGGACAGUCAAGGAAUGGCUCAUCGUCGGUUCCAGUGCCUCGAAAAACGCAUGAGCAAGGACGACACGCUUGCCAAAACGUUGAGGGAAAAGAUGGCGGAUCACCUGGCCAAAGGCUACGUACGAAAACUAUCCGAUGACGAGCUGCAACAAGCUUUUCAACGCGUUUGGUAUCUCCCAGUGUUCCCGGUAACUAACCCAAACAAACCAGGGAAGGGUCCUGACAAUCUUUCUUCGUUGUUCACCGUGCUGAUCCGCUUCCGUGAGCAUCCCGUAGCGCUGACAGGUGAUAAACGUGAGAUGUUUCACCAGGUUCUCAUUCGAAAAGACGAUCAACAUUGCCAGCGAUUCUACUGGAGAGACGAAGAUGGAAAAACAGCUGUAUACGUCAUGUGCGUCAUGACAUUUGGCGCUUGCUGUUCCCCUAGCAGUGCACAGUACGCAAUGAAUCUGAACGCCAAGCGCUUCGAUAAAGAGUAUCCAGAAGCUGUGGAAGUCAUCGAGAAGCAGCACUACGUCGACGAUAUGCUCGUGAGCGUCGACACCGAAGAGGAGGCUAUUAAACUCGCGGAGGAUGUCAGAUUUGUGCACUCGCAGGGCGGGUUCGAAAUCCGAAACUGGACCAGUAAUUCGCAACGUGUAUUAGAAGCUCUUCGCAGCAGUAACGCCGAGGAGAAGAGUUUGGACCUCUCGCCAGAAAUGACGGCCGAAAAGGUGCUUGGGAUGUGGUGGUGUACAGCUACCGACGUUUUCACCUACAAAGUCGGUUGGGACCGCUAUGACCAAGAUUUGUGGGAAGGUCUCCGUCAACCUACGAAACGGGAAGUCCUCCGAGUCCUUAUGACGAUAUUCGACCCCCUUGGGCUCAUCGCGCCCUUCCUAAUGUUUCUCAAGAUCCUGCUGCAAGAAAUCUGGCGAAGUGGCAUCCAGUGGGACGACCGAAUCGACGACAACGCCUUCACCAAGUGGCGUAGUUGGCUGCAGGUCCUGCCCCAAGUCGAGCAUGUCCAAAUACAACGAUGCUUCCGCUCCCACUUGAAUCCUGCAUACGACGACGUGCAACUACACACCUUCGUUGAUGCGAGCGAAAACGGCAUGGCUGCUGCAUGCUUCCUGAGAUUCGUCCGGAAUGAAGUCGUCUGGUGCUGUCUAGUAGCCGCCAAAACAAGAGUAGCUCCCUUACGAUAUCACUCGAUUCCGAGACUCGAGCUCAUGGCAGCGGUUAUUGGUAAAAGACUAUCCCAAACAGUUAUUGAUUCCUUGACCUUCAACGUCAGCAAGCGGUUCUACCACUCGGAUUCCAGGGACGUCAUCUGCUGGCUGUAUUCGGACCACCGUCGCUAUACACCUUUCGUUGCCUGCCGAGUCAGCGAGAUCCUGGAGACUACAGAGCAGUAUCAAUGGCGCUGGGUCCCGACAAAGCUCAAUGUGGCAGACGACGCAACGAAAUGGGAGAAAUUUCCAGACAUGACUCCAGAGUCGAGGUGGUUCAUCGGCCCGGACUUUCUGCGCCUGCCAGAAGAAGCGUGGCCAUGCCAAUCAGUGAAGGGUAGCAAGACAGAUACCGAACUUCGUCCACGUCUGCUGACUCACUUUACCUUGCCGGACCCCGCAAUCAACGUCUCCAGCUGGAAGCGGAUGCUAAAGGUAGCCACACUAGUUCAUCGUUUCCCUGCAAACUGCCGAUUAAAGAAGCAACGGAAACCUAUCCUUCGUGGUCCUCCAUCCACAGAGGAACUCCAGCUUGCUGAGCGCUACGUAAUCAGACAAGCACAACGCGAAGCCUACCCGGAGGAAACAGCUACUCUUCAGCACCCGUCGAAAUCCAUCCCCAAGACUAGCUCUCUCUACAAACUAACCCCAUGGCUGGACGACCAUGGGUUGAUGCGGAUGCGAGGAAGAAUUUCUGCCUGUGCCCAAGCCAUCGAAGACUCCAAAAAUCCGAUCAUCCUUCCACGUGACCACCACACCACCAAACUCAUAAUCGCACAUUACCACAACAAAUAUAAGCACCAGAACCAUGAAACCGCAAUAAAUGAACUCCGCCAGAGGUAUUGCAUUCCUCGGCUUCGAGCAACCUACGCGAAGGUACGCUACAAUUGCCAACACUGCAAAAACAAUCGUGCCGUUCCGCAGCCUCCAAUGAUGGCCGAACUGCCCCCAGAACGACUUGAUGCCUUCGCUCGACCCUUCACCAAUAUUGGCGUCGACUACUUCGGGCCAAUGGAAGUCGUCGUGGGCCGCCGAGUAGAAAAACGAUGGGGAAUGUUGAUCACAUGCCUAACCACACGCGCUAUCCACAUCGAAGUGGUGCAUACGUUAAGUACCGACUCAUGCAUCAUGGGACUCCGCAACUUUGUAGCACGUCGUGGUACACCGAAGACGAUCUACAGCGAUCGCGGGACCUGCUUCAUAGGUGCGAGCCGUGAACUACAGAACGUGGCAGUUGUUAUCGACCAGGACGAGGUGAUGAAGGAGUUUGGCGGAACCGAAACGACCUGGAAGUUCAAUCCACCAGCGGCGCCACACAUGGGGGGCAGCUGGGAACGCCUCAUAGGUGUUGUAAAGCGGAACCUUAUGGCAAUCCGUCCACCGCAUAAGCCUAACGACGAAGUGCUUCGAAACCUUCUGGCCGAAAUUGAAAACACCGUCAACUCCCGGCCCCUAACCCAUGUACCGGUCGAUGAUGAAGCAGCGCCCGCACUUACUCUAAACCACUUCCUCCUAGGAUCAUCCGAUGGUACAAAACCACUAUGUACCAUAGACGACAGUGGAGCGGUCCUACGGCGGACCUGGAAGCUUUCUCAACAACUAGCCAACCAAUUCUGGAAGCUUUGGUUGACCGAAUACUUGCCAGAAAUCACUCGUAGAACGAAGUGGUUCACCGACACGAAGCCAAUAACGAUGGGGGACGUAGUAGUCAUCGUUGAUCCGAAGCUGCCCCGCAACUGCUGGCCUAAAGGCAAAAUCAUUGCUACCAGCGUCAGCCCCAAGGACAACCGGAUCAGGUCGGCAACCGUGCAGACUGCGACUGGAGUGUUCGAGCGACCCACAGCUAAGCUGGCCGUAUUAGAUGUACGGCGCGACGAAUUGUAAGCCGAUUGACCAUCGGCGUACCCGGGGGGAGUGUUGAGUACGCCCCUGGCGUAGAUGCGCACCGUCCGAUCCAACUGUUUGACUCUCGCACACUAGUACACCCAGGUAAUGUACGCCACCUUCACUCUCCGUGGACAUUGGUCAUGCGUGACUAUCCAAUGCAUUGUUAUAGAUUGAUAGACAGAACACAAUCAAUUGAUGUAAAAACACUUAUCCACAUUAUCACGUGCAACGACAGUUUACAGAAAUAACUAUUAAAUUUGUACUGUAGUUUAUAACUAAUUGGAAUUAAUUUGCUAAUCGUGUGAACUUAUUAGUUUGCCCAUGCAAAGUGAAUUUGUUAUAACCUAAAACCUACUUAAGCCUAUACCUACAUGCAAAAGGUAACUUUUAUACAUAAAUAAUGAUAAAAUGCUUAAAACUAAACUAUUCUAGUACGGCUAUCGGAAUUAAGUACGGAAAGUUGCAGUGAGUACCAGAAAACAGGCCAUCUAGUAAGCAAACACAUGACCUUUAGUAGUUUGAUCACCGGCAAGUAUCACACAACGGGACUAAACGUAAGUGAAAAUGACCAAAAACCUUUUUUGUAAAACUAAUAUUAAACAUGCAAACAUAAGAAAUCCGACGAAUGUACAAUAACUAACAAAAAUAUCCUGUAAUGCCUCAAUUUCAGGAAUAAAAUAAUAUCCUAGUUAGAACGUAAAUCCUACGUCUCCGGUCGUUCUGAUAUUAUUGAUUCGGAAAUCAACCCGUGCCGUUAUAUGUUGGCAACUUCCAAC